CAGACAGGUGCCAUACCUCCUAACAUAAGAUGCGGCAAUGGCUUCUGCAUUCUGCAGCGCCUGCUCUCGACUGAUCACGGAAUUAAUUUGUAAUCUUUGGAGAGUUUGCCGAGAGUUUGAGGAAAAAUUAAAAGACAUCUCCAAAGAACUGUGUCAAUGCACCUGUUUCAGGAGAACACCUGAGAGGAAGAGGAAGACUCGAGAGUUACUCUCUCAGCACCUUCUGUGUGAUGAUGAAACUCAACUUCUUCACCCAGACAGUCUUAAAGCACUGAACAGACUUGCAGCCUCAGAAAACUCUGAUCUCCAAAUGUCUGCAGCCAUGUAUUAUUUACACCUAAGCCAUCACGUCAAAUCUCCCUUAUCAGAGGACUUCAUGGAGCCAGUCAUGGCUCUUCUAUUAUCAGCAGACCUGGAUGUACAAAAGACUAUCUCUCUCUCUUUGGUCAAUCUCUUGGCAAAGAAUAAAGUGAGUAAGGACUUGGUGGUUGAAAUGGGGAUGCUGGUGCCCAUAAUGGAGAUGUUUCAGUCAGGCGAUGCCAUUGCUCAGUGCCACUCCUGUGCAUGUGUCGUCAUGCUGGCCUCCUCAGAAUCAAACAGGGAAACUAUCAUUGUAGACGGAGUCUUCCCACUGCUGGCUCUAGCAAAAUCCUAUGAUCCAAAGGUGCAACAGAACGCAACGUGGGCUCUGUUACAUCUCACACAGUCAGAUUGGUCAAUGAGGAUUUUAUGUCAAGCAGGAGCCAUUCCUGUGUUGGUUCUUCUGCUGCAGUCUUCAGAUGCAGUGGUUCAGUUUUACAGCUGCACUGCUCUGUGCAACAUUGCUGCUGUGGAGGAGCAUCACCCAAAGCUGCUCAGCAUGGGGGGUCAUUUUUUAUUAAAAGCUCUUCUGACUCUCAUGUCCUCCACAGUGAAAAAGAAUUCAACCCAAGCUUGCAAAUGCCUUCAAACUUUGUCAAAGAAUGUUCUGAUCCAGGAGCAGCUGAUGGAGCUAGACUGUGUGCUGCCUUUGAAGGCUCUGUUGAAAACUUCUUCCCCUGAGUCAGCCAUAGCACUCCUCUCUGUGCUGUCCGCACACCCACCAAAUCGUGACAUCCUUGUGAGUGAAGGCGUGUUGGAAGAAAUUGGUCAGCUGCUUCAUUAUCACAGAUCAAACUCUGUCAUAAUCGCACCCAGUUGCAGGAUUAUAACUGAUCUGUGCAGCUCCUCAAUCGGACAGCAGGCUGUCAUGGAGACUCUGUGUUUAUCAGGACUCCUCUGUGCCCUUCUGUGUCCCGCUCUGUCAGAUGAGACCUUAAUGGAUGUGACAUCACACUUAAAUCACCUGAUGACCUGGGAUCUGUUAAAGACCAAAGUGUCGUUAACAGUUACCUCAGAACAAGUUUCAAGACUUGUGAAGCUGUCAGGACAAAUAAAAAAUCCUCAUUUGUCAUACAGCAGUGCAGCAAUCAUCAGCAAACUGGAAAUGACUGAGGAGAUGGCCCAGCUGCUUAGACCUCACUAUCCUGACAUGUUGGAAUACCUGCUGGUGUUUCUCAAUAUGAAAGAUGUUAAGCUUCAGCAGCUUGCCAUAGCUACAACAUUUAACCUCAAGAAAGAUGGAGACUUUUCCUCCCUGCUGGCUGACAGUGAGUUGGAAGUUCAGCUCUGGAAGGUGCAUGCGCAGACGGAGGAAACCAGGCGGCUUCUGGAGAUGAUUCAGCCCCUUUCUCCAUCUUCUUUUAACCCUUCACUUUCUCAAGGAAAAGAAUGAGAGAUAUGCUGUGUGAACUGUGGUGUUUUUUAAGUCAUGCACUGUGCAGUUUUUGUAUUGUGUUUCUGUUUACUGUAUUUAUUCUAGACAUGCUUUUAUGUCUUUUAGUAAACAAAUUCAAUGAAAACAGGCUGAGGUUUGGCAUAGUAUCAACUUUAAUUGAAUAUGGCAUAUUUUAACAAGUCAUAGGUAUGAGCAAUACUUAAAGUAAAAGAUCAAAUAUUCAUAAUUGGAUACAGCUGUUUUAUAUGCUUUUAUUAUAAUAAAUCCACUAACCUCUA